AUGGAUUCUUUGUCUAAUAAUGAUACAGAAUCUAAUUCUGAACAACAACAAAAAAAUCAGGGUAAGGUCAAUAAAGAACUUACUGAAACUCACCUUAUAUCCACUAACAACGACAAUGACACUCGCAAGAAAAGAAAAUUAACUAUUGUUCCCAAAAAUACUAAAUCCAAAUUACAUUAUGUGCCUUUAAAGACUGGAGUCUGUUACGAUGUUAGAAUGAGAUAUCACGCUAAAAUUUAUACCUCUUAUUUUGAAUAUAUCGAUCCUCAUCCAGAGGAUCCUAGAAGAAUAUAUAGGAUUUACAAAAUAUUAUGCGAAAAUGGUCUUAUUGUUGAUCCAAGCCUAAGUAUUGAUGAGAAUACUGAUGAUGUCGGUGAAUGGAUGCUGAGAAUUCCGAUUAGAGAAGCCACAGACGACGAAAUUUUGGAAGUUCAUACAUUGGAACAUUUAAACUUUAUUAAAUCGUUGCCCAAAAUGGAACGCGAGGACUUGUUGAAAAAAACUGCGACAGGCGAUUCCGUGUAUUUUAACAACGAUUCAUAUUUAAGUGCUAAGUUGUCAUGUGGUGGUGCAAUUGAAGCUUGUAAAGCUGUGAUCGAGGGGAAAGUUAAAAAUUCGUUAGCCAUAGUUAGACCUCCAGGUCAUCAUGCAGAGCCACAACAAGCUGGCGGUUUUUGCUUAUUCAGUAAUGUUGCCGUGGCAGCCAAAGCAAUAUUGAAAGCAUAUCCUGAAAGUGUUCGGAAAAUAUUAAUUUUAGACUGGGAUAUUCAUCACGGCAACGGCACUCAAAAGGCAUUUUAUGAAGACAAUCGUGUUUUAUAUAUCUCAUUGCAUAGAUUCGAACUGGGGAAGUAUUAUCCAGGUACCAAGUGGGGUGGACAUGACCAAUGUGGAGAGAAGGAUGGAGAAGGGUUUAAUUGUAAUAUUCCAUGGCCAUGUGGCGGUAUUGGUGAUGCUGAGUAUAUAUAUGCCUUUCAAAGAAUCAUUAUGCCAAUGGCGCAAGAAUUUCAGCCUGAUUUUGUAAUUAUAUCAUCUGGCUUUGACGCCGCUGAUGGUGACACUAUAGGUCAAUGUAACGUUACACCGAGUUGUUAUGGGCAAAUGACCCACAUGCUAAAAUCUUUGGCCAAUGGCAAAUUAUGUGUUAUAUUAGAAGGUGGUUACAAUUUGGAUGCUAUUGCAAGAAGCGCCUUAGAUGUAGCAACAGUUUUAAUCGGUGAACCACCAAAUGAAAUCAGCAACAAAAAUAGUGUUGUGCCUAAGCCUGAAAUUAUCAAAACAGUAGCAGAGGUCAUUCAACAGCAAUCUAAAUACUGGAAAUGCUUUCGUAGUCCCUACGGAAAUGAAUGUUUAGAUAAAACACAACCAAUCAACGAAAAAUUACUCUCUAAAAAUUUUCCCCUACAGAAUUCUAUAAGAGACCAUCAAUAUGAGUUAUUGGCUGAUGAAUACAAUUUCUUUUCAUUACCCCUAUUAAAUCUAAAUACAACAAAUUUCAUUCUAUCACCACAUACUGUUUUGGCAACCACUUUUAAGCCCGUUGAAGAAGUCAGUAUAUUUGAUUCGACGGAUCUAAUAAUUCAUAUUCAUGAUACUCCGGAUAUGUGGGGACAAGCAGAUCCUUUAACUGGUGUUUUAAACGCAUCAACUACCAUUAUAAUAGACAACUCCAUACAAUUAAUAAAAUGGUGUAAAGAAAAGAAUUAUCAUUAUAUAGACAUAAAUAUUCCACACUCGUUAUUUGAAACGGAUAACUAUUCCACAAUUAUGGCAUCACAAGAAGUAAUGAUAUAUCUAUGGAAUAAUUAUCUACAGCAUUUCCCCAACUUGCAAAAAAUUGCUUUUGUGGGAAUAGGUGAUUCGUGUUCCGGUUUAGUGCAUUUGUUGGGGCAUAUAGACACUAGAGAAACAGUUAAAUGCUGUAUUUCCUUCAUUGAUAAAACAUCUUUAAAGGGAAUUGUCCCCUUGAUAGAUGAAUCCCUGGUGGAAUGGUAUUAUAAGAAUUCGCUAGUUUUUGCAUCUAAAAACCAUUCGUGUUGGCUAUCCUCUACAAAACCUAGGAAGAAAUUUGGGAGGGUUUUAAAAACAAGAAGUGACGGUAUGAAUAAUGUCUUUGAUGAGGGAUUUGAUGAAGCUACUGAUUUUAUAUUGGAUAGUUUUGAAGAAUUUGAUGACGAUGAAGAUGACGAUGAAGAAGAAGAAGAGGAAGAAAAAAUAAAAAGGGAAAAUGGUGUUUAA